ACCAGUCAUUGUAUUUGUGCGUAUCAGCUGACAGAAAAUGAGUGCUCGAAUAAUAAGAGGCGAUAAAAGUGGUAGUAAAUUGGACAAAAGAGGUUUAGGAGAAUUUUAUUUCGACUCUGCCCACAAACAUGGGGAUAAAAUUUGUCAGCUAGACGCUGCAACAGGUCGGGAAGAAUCGUACAGGAGCGUUAAAGAACGUUCGACGAGGGUAGCCAUACACUUGCGAAAUUUAGGCUUAAAAUCAGAAGACGUGGUACUUUGUUGUCUGAAAAACACCUUGGACAACAUAAUCCCUAUCCUGUCAGCCUUGUAUUUAGGUGCUAAAGUAGCCUCUUUGGACACCUCUCAAUCAGUAAAGGACUGUGCGCACUGUAUUUCCAUUGUAAGGGCAAAAUAUGUCUUUGUCGAAGACCAAUCGCUGAAACUGAUUGAAGAUAGCCUCAUCGAGGCAAAGUUAAACUCAACGAUUAUCGUCGUAGGGGAAUCUGUGAAGUACAGGACUCUGCAAGAACUUCUAGAGUUUACACCUGAAGAAAACAAGUUUAGGCCUGUGACUGUCAAGAAUUGUCACGAGACCGCAUUCAUAUACUUCAGCAGCGGCACCUCGGGAUUGCCUAAAGGAAUCUGCAUUACCCAUUUUGGACUGUUGAACAGCAAGAAGGCAGUGGUAAAUACGGGUAUCUUCGACCCUAGGGUUAUGUUACAUUUUUCCUCGUUCUACUGGAUCUCUGCAGCGGCACUAACGACUACAGCUUUCAUAAAAGGUGGUUGUCGUAUACUAGCUUCGAAAUUUGACGCAGAAGAAGCCUUUUGGAUAAUCCAAAAAUACAAGGUUACCACCAUAUUUCUAGCCCCAAUCUACACCUACUAUUUAAUGGCUGUAAAUAAUGCGGACAAAUACGACACAAGUUCUCUGUCUAGAAUGAUAAUUGGAGGUUCUCCGCUCUGCGAAAAUCAACUCAAAAAAACGCGAGAGUUGUUCAAACAUACCUUCGUGAGCUUGAUGUAUGGCACCACUGAAACCCAUGGUUGUAUCACCGCUUUCGAUUACACCAAAAAUCGGCACGGUACUGACAAAUGUGGGUCGUCUGGGAAAUGCGUAAAUGAUACUGAAAUCAAGAUUGUCGACAUAGAAUCUAGAGAAUUACUAGGCCCAAAUCAAAAAGGAGAAAUAUGCGUAAGAAGCCCGUACCUAUCGCCUGGAUACUACAACGACCCUACUCGAAUCUACGAUACAGACAACUUCGUCAAAACGGGGGACAUAGGCUACUACGACGAAGACGAAUACAUCUACGUGGUAGACAGAAUCAAGGAAAUGUUCAAAUACAAGUCGUGGCACGUGGUGCCGACGUCCUUGGAAGCCGUCUUACAGGAACACCCGUGCGUAAAAGAAGCAGCAGUUUUCGGGAUCCCUCACGACGUUGACGAAUUCUGGCCUGCCGCGUGCGUCACCCUCAAAGAUGGUUCAGAGAUUACCGCGGAAGAAAUUGACGCAUUUUUCACAGGCAGGGUCGCUGGGUGGCAGAAAUUGAGAGGGGGGAUAAAAAUUGUCGAAACGUUGCCUAAAACUCCCAGUGGGAAAUUGCAGAGGUGGAAAAUUAAGAAGAUGCUUUUAGCAGUCGAAGACUAUUCAUGACUUUAGUAAUAUGUGAUGCUAUUUGUUGUUUAUGGAUUUGUAAUUUUUUUGUUUA